GCUCAUUCAGUUUUCUUCAGUAUAACGGUAUACGUCGACGGUUCAGCAACGCAUGACUCGGGUUCCGGAUGAACUCUGACCAUUCAUAUCCCUGCGAUUGAAAGGUUUUUCACCCGCAAACUAAGUGAAAACUGCAGCAAUUGACACUUCCAGUGCCCGAUUUAGGAGCAAAGUGAUCCUGUUCGACGGAAGUCACCAAAAUUGAGGCGAUAAAGCGCCGUUAGCUAACGAAAAUUACGAACAAUAUUGCACGCCCACGCGCGAAAAUUGUUCUCGGAACAGUGCAAGCGAAAAGUUGGGGGAGCAACCACCAGCAGCUAGAAGCAGCUGCCACUGGAUUUUCGCCACUCGGGGUAUGUGUGUGGGUGUUGAAAAUCAAUAAACCGUCGACGUCGUCGUUUGGCAGAAAGCAGCCAGCCCCAUCAACCAUAUGGCAGCCGUGGCCGUAUCCGUGCACUGCUAGCCGAUUUCAGUGGAUCGAAAAUAACCAGCGAUUGAGCGCCUGAGCACCUGAGGGAGGGAAGGAAAGUACUGCAAUUGCAUUGCGACCAAGUGCCAAGUGCCCCAAAGUAGUGCAAAAUGGCGGCUCGCCUGGAACUCGCCGUUAGCUGCGCCCUGGCUGCAGUCGUCCUUUGCUGCAUUUUGGGUCAGUGUGAGUCGUCCGUUUACCCAGGACUGCGCAGAAGACCUAUCCAGGCGCCCGUAAUGGACCCGCAGAGCGAACAGGAGUACGCCUUUCUGGCCCAGAUGAUGGAGCAAUAUGCCCGCAGGAGACUGCAGCAGCAGUUCGACCACCAGCUGCAUGAGAUUAACCUAAAGAUGGAUCGCCAGCGGCAGCUGCUGGAGCGGGAGCGCUACCGCCAGCGGCAGCAGCAACUGCAGGUGCAGCGCGAAGCGGAGGAGGAGUACGAGAACGGGAAUGGCAACCAGCUGAACCAGCAAUACGACCAGUACGACAACGCCGAGGCGGAGGCCAGCUACGGCAGUCCUCUGGAUGCUGUGCCAGAUGUCCAGCCCCCCAUCUAUUUGCCACGGCUUCCCAAUCUACCAAAUCUACCCAAUCGGCCCAAUCUUGGAGACUCGCCCAACCGGAACAGCAUACUCCGGGAAAGAAUACCUUUUGCAGUAGGCCCCAACGAUGCCCGCUUCUUCGACAACCCCAACGACCCGUCGGGGGAGCUAGACUCCCGAGCUCUGGAGGACUAUGAAGAGUAUGCCCCCAUUGAGCCCACUCCAGACGGGGCCAAGUCAGGCAAGAUCGCAACACCGGUUCCGGCUCCAGUGCCGGUGGAGCCUCCGAAAGUUGUGGACGCCGCCAACGCCAACUUCCAUCGAAUCAACCCCCAAUCAGUAGCCGCUGCGGCUGUGGCGGGAGUGAAUCUACCCCAGGCCAAGGAGCAGGGUGCCCCCCACGAGAUCAACGCUCUCAUCAAUAAGCUGCAGAAGCAGAGCAAGUCGCCCAUUCUUACCUUGGUCAGCGGGGGCGACACAAGCCAGGAACAAAUCGUCCUGCGGCAGCACCUGGGCAUGAGCAACGAGAUGGGGGUGUACAUCGUGGCCCUGAUAGCGGGCGUAAGUGCAGCAGUGACUGUGGGUCUUCUGGCGCUUGGGGUGACCUGGUUCCACAACCGCCACAAGGCAGCAGCCGAUGUGGACUACCCGGCAUACGGCGUAACAGGACCCAACAAGGAUGUCUCGCCCUCCGGCGACCGGAAGCUGGCGCAGAGUGCCCAAAUGUACCACUACCAGCACCAGAAGCAGCAGAUAAUCGCCAUGGAGAACAGCCAGGCCGCGGACGGUAGUUGCGGACUGUCGGACGUGGAGAGCGACGACGACAACGAGGAGGGAGACUACACCGUGUACGAAUGUCCUGGCUUGGCGCCGACCGGCGAAAUGGAGGUGAAGAAUCCGCUCUUCCUGGACGAGACGCCGGCCACGCCGGCCAACAACCUCUCCGGCCAACCCGCCGGGGCCAACGCAUCUGCAGCGGCCACCAACAACAACAUUACGCAGGCCACGCCCCAGCAGCCGGCCACCCAGAAGAAAGGUACUGUUAAGCCCAACAUGAAUCUCUUGAAUGCCGCCGCCACCGCAGCAGCCGCUGCAGCCGCCUCUGCAACAGACGCUGCAGCGGCCGGAGCGGCCGGCAAGGAGGAGCCAAAGCAGAAGCGUAAGCAGAGCAAGAAGUAAGCGGAAGGGAUCAACGUAGAGCGAGGAGCAGAUUGUUUUCCCUCUUGGGACAAUUGGUAAAGUGUGACUGAUCCAUUGUCAGCCAACCCUCAGACACUCUCCCACAAGAACAGAAACAAUAACAGAUUAAGCUGCAGCUUGUAUGUAUUCCUAUCAGAGAGUCCAGGGAAUCUAAUUCCAGGACCCACCCAUACAGACAACUCGAACCUUCCCCAUUUGUGUAAUUCCUGUUAUGUUGUGUCGCGUAAUCGGCUUCGAAUGCAGUAAGUCUGAUUACUGAUUACUGAACCGAGCAUCCUGUCCCACAUCCAUUUCCGCCCACUUUCCACCCGCUGUCAGGCGCACAACACAGUCAGGUGCUGUUGGUGCUGCAAGGCAUCCGGAGGGGGAGAGGCCUACUAUUACGAGGACAAGCUUGGUUAAGGCAGGAUGUGUCAGAAACAGAUCCUUUAGCGUGCAGUGCAAAUCUAUUUUGUUGGAAUACUUUAAGUCUGGAGGCGUUCAGAGCAGGGAGCAGAGGAGGGACAACCAACCAAAGCUAACUAACAUAUUAUAUUAUUAUAAAUAUAUGUAUAUUCAUGUAAUUAUUGUAUCAUAUAUACCCGGAGGCAGCCCUUUUACUUACCUGCCCAGGUGUGGUGUACUAUCUUUUUUCAUUUUUACUACGCUUUGUGAUCGAUCCUAAAUUAUCUGUGUCAAUUUAGAAAUACAAUUCUGAUAACCAACCUGUAUGCAUGCAAACAUAUUAUACACGUAUAUUGGAGCGAGGUGCGAAGCAGUUGGAGGACUCUAGGACUAGGACGCUAGGACUAGGAGAGGAUUAUUUACAAGUAAAACUUACAAUAAUUUCCCUGCACACAUUCAUGUAAAGUAAAUGAAAAACGACUGAUAACACACAAAAGAUAACACGCGUCUAUUGUACAAAAACCAAAAAAGAAAAGAGACGGAGGAAAAUUUAUUUACUGAUUAGCGAGAUGAUUAGCAAAGGAACCUAUCAGCGGAAACGAUGAUUCCCAACCCCAGAAUAAAGCCUAGAAGUCUAAAGGAAACUGUAGCGACAUUUUACUAUAUAUAUUGUACACUCAAUUGCUGUAAAUAAACAUGAGGCAUUAGGAGGCGGAUGGGGGUCAAAGGACUCAUCCCCAGAGGAACUAUUGCGGCCGAAAUUAACACUGAAAACAAACAGAAUUGAAUUGAGGAACUUGCGAGUUCAAAAACAAGCAAAACACGAAUAAUUCUAUUUACUAGUGGAACAUGCAAAGCAUCUUGAAGCAUUCAAAUUUGAAUUCGAAAUCGAAACAGACUUAGCCACAAUAAAGUUGAGAGUAAUGUUGAGUUUGAAAUAUAUAUUUUAUGGUGUUUGGCUAGCGACACGUCAAAAUAAUCCAAACUCGUGGAGGUAAGGGAGCGAGUGGCAGAGAAGUCCCCACAUAUAUUGUGAAAAAGAGCAUAAUUCAAUUUAUUUAUGUAUGAUAACCGUAACAACACAAAUUAUACAAUAUGCAUACAGAAUAAAAUAAACUAACCCAA